UGACCAUCUCCUGGAGUUCUCCGAAAGCCCUCGUAUUUCUUUCUCUCUCUCUUUCUGGAUCUUUGGAAAAAAAAAGAAGUCUUUUUUCUGUUUCGCCGUUCCCAUUGUUCUCCCUUCGUUCUCGGCUACUCGGAUCGAGAGAGAAGGCACCGAUAGCGAGCGAUCGAGCGAUUGGAUCGAAGGAGCGACGAUGAGAGGAUCGAGACGGACGAUGAACGUGGUGGUGGGAUGGGUGAAGCGGCAGCCGCCCAAGGUGAAGGCGUUCCUGAGCGUGGUGGCAGGCAUGGCGGCCUUGGUCUUCCUCAGAUUCGUCGUUCACGACCACGACAACCUCUUCGUCGCCGCCGAGGCCGUCCACGCGCUCGGCAUCUCAGUUCUAAUCUAUAAGCUUACCAAGGAGAGGACCUGCGCCGGACUUUCACUCAAAUCUCAGGAUUUAACAGCUUUAUUUUUAGCUGUUAGACUGUACUGCAGUGUUGUUAUGGAGUAUGACAUACACACACUACUGGAUUCUGCUACACUUCUGACUACCCUGUGGGUUAUCUAUAUGAUUCGAUUUAAACUGAAGUCAAGUUACAUGGAGGAUAAGGACAACUUUGCAAUAUACUAUGUGGCGGUGCCUUGUGCUGUACUAGCCCUUUUAAUUCAUCCUUCGACAUCACAUAAUAUUGUGAACAGGAUUUUCUGGGCCUUUUGUGUUUAUUUGGAAGCUGUCUCUGUGUUACCCCAAUUACAUUUGAUGCAAAACACAAAGAUUGUUGAACCUUUCACGGCUCACUAUGUAUUUGCAUUAGGAGUUGCCAGAUUUUUGAGUUGUGCACACUGGGUCCUUCAGGUUGUGGAUACUGGUGGACGCCUGCUGACAGCUUUAGGCUAUGGGUUGUGGCCCUCCAUGGUUCUUCUCUCAGAAAUUGUUCAAACCUUCAUCCUUGCAGACUUCUGCUACUAUUACAUCAAAAGUCUUGUCGGCGGGCAAUUGGUGCUACGUCUUCCUUCUGGGGUGGUAUAAAUUUAAAUAUUCUGUACAACGUGUCAGUUAUUGUACCCUGAAGUAACUUAAUAUGAAAUCUGGAUAUGUGCAUUUUCUGUCGCCUUAUCCCUUCGAAACCUAUGGCCUUUGUGAGUUCUCACGAGUGAUAUAUCCAAGUUGUCAACGCCUGCAAAGUGGAUGGAAGUUAAAUUUUAUGUAGAUAUCCCGGUUGGGAAUGCAUUGGUGUUCUGCUGCCUGCCUGUACUUAAGAGAAGCCCAACCUUUUAUGAAUCUUUUAUCUUAACCCUGGGAAAAACAUCUCAGCUCUUUAAAACUCCCUGGCAUUCCUGCAAGCAUAAACCUCAUGGAUAUUUUUUCCUUUCAUAUCAGCUUGUGGAGAAUUUGCCAUUA